UGAAUGGGCGCCGUUUUUAGUCCGGUAUCCAGCUCUUACAAUACAUACAUGAACAACCCACGCUGGCUACCUCGAGUGCUGUUGGGACAUAGAGAAAAUAAAAUAUUUUGUCAUCCGUAGGUAAGAACUAAAAAUUAUCUUCUGAACGAAGUAAUAUUAAUUCUUGAUGAUGUUAAACAGUUGCUGACCGCCACACUGUUACAUUUAAGAUUGUAAAGCAGCGUGAGAGGCCGGAUGAUUUUCGCGGGUCUGCCGAGGUGAAAUGCUGAAAAGCUCAUUCAUACUUUGACUCAGUAGUGAGUGAAAACACUAUAAAACCUGUUAAGAUGACUGUAAGGUAGCUGAUAUUUAUGUUAAUUGGCGCUGAUAGCCAUUAAAAGGUGCUAAUAGUGCUCUAUCUGAGACUGUGUUUUGUGAUGCUAAUAGUGUGUUAACUUGAGCCUAGCCGCUCAGCUGGCAUGAUUAUUUGGUGUGCAAUUUAUGUUUAUUUUAUGUUUAUGGUAAUUAAAGAGGUUAAUAUUUAGUGCAAUCUCUCACUUUUACCGGUGCAAGGAGAGUCACUUAAGCACGUUAAGCCUUAAUGCCUCAAGUUACUAUUAAUGUUUACUGCAUUUGAUGUAAUUUUGACCAAAUUAAAGGGGUACUCCAUGGUAUUUUAUUUUAUUUUUGUAAAAUGUACUUUUGUCAGUUACUUAUGUAACCACAUAAUUUUGAGUAUUUGUAAAUGGUUAUUAAUGUGUAUUUGAAUAUGAUUAUAAGAAGCACUUUGAAUGUAUUUAUUUUUACACAACUACAAAUGAACACUUGAAACUAAAGAUCUAUUUUUGUUGUACAACUAAACCUUUUUGAGAACAUGAUUUGAACUAAUUAAUACAAAAUAUUAUUAUUAAUUGGUAAUAAUUCAUGUGAGAUUAGAAAAUGAACAUGAUUUAUGCAGACGGUAUGAAUGUAAUGAGAUAUUUGGAUCUCAUCUGGCCUGUCUCUAGGUCAGGUUUUUGGUGAUACCAUAAAGAAAAAGGGGACACAGCCAGUACUUCCUGCCGUACUCUUGCAGGCUUCAGAUCCCUAGACCCAGAGAUUCCCAGUGUGAACUGGGUGGAGAGCCGAACCGAACCACUGGUAUUGAACCUGAGAUGCAUGCAGGGUUCAUUGGUUUCUCCUUUCUCAGGUGCUGUGCCGUAGGACUAAAAUAAACAGUGAUACACUGACAUUUGGUCGGAAAAGGGCCCCAACGCAAUAUGGACUAAGUUUGGGAACAAAGGGUAUCUUUUAUUUUUUAUUUUGCCGGCUUUAUUAUUUUAGUUUGUUAUUUUCCAUACAUUGUUCUUUCCAAAAAGCUGUUGUAUUACAUGUUGACCUUUCAGCUUGAAAUAACAAGUGGCCACAAACAUUCAAACCAUUGUUGUCUGUGUCAUUAUUGAUGUUCAAAAUACUGGCUCUUAAAAGCGUAGUGUCUUCUGUUACUUGUCCAGUUAUUACUAUUGACUAUUACUUACCUGUGCUCUGUUAUUACACCGUAACAAUGGUUACACUCACCUCUCGGAUUUGUUGACUGAACAAAUUACUUUGCACUUACAUGAUAGUACCCCUUCAAAGGUUAUUUCCUCAGAAACAUCUGAUAUUAUAUCCUUCUAUCAAGAGUAGCCUUGCACUCAAUGCUGUGUCAACAAGAUUGUAAGAUUAAUUUUGUUGGUGUUCCUGAACCCAUGUACUCCUGCAGGAUUUUUAUUGUUGUUUUAUGUUUCCACCUGCUCAGGCAUCCGUUCCCAACACCAGGUAUUAAAGAGAGGUCUUACAAGGGUUGAAUAGCAGGAUCUGAAAUUAUCUGGUGGAUUCUGGGAUUUAUAGCAUGUGCAUGCUUGUAUGUUUGUGUACUGAAGACUGUUGUAUGUUACCUGUAAGACUCCUUCUCCAAACCUCAUUAACAAUAACAUGCAGCUGUUGUAGAUAUAGUACAAUUGUAAUUGCUGUUAUUGCAUUUAACUGGAUCAACAUUUCAGCAGCAACAGUUUCUUCCAAUGACUUUUUUAUGCUAAAACUCCACUUUACACCUGUGUGGCAAAUAUAUUCUAGAUUAUGUGAACAAAGAUGAGCAGCCCACAAAAUCUGUGAAUGCACUGUAUGAAAGUGACCCUCAAAACUAUCAUCCAAACUGCACAACAGCAGUUCAGUGAUGAGUGUGCAGCCGGCAGUAAACAUGCUAGUAGAUUAACUGACUGGUUCAAACUCAAUAACAGUCACAGUCUGUGUGGCUAAACUGCCCACUUGUUUACAACCUGUCUGAUUGUCUCACCACUCAUGUUUGUUACCCUGUUGGACAUAUUUUUAGGGAUGUUGCCACUUUCUGAAUUUACAGCAUUUACUUUAGUAAGUACAAUUUCUUUAAAAUCUGUGUGUAUUUAUCACUGGAUUAAAAUUUUCAUUUAAGUACUGAACCUACACUAAAAGUGACCCUGUACCCUGAUUUGUGUCCACCCCUUUGAGCUCUGCAGUGUCUACAGGUGAAAUACAAGUGCAAUUAGUUUCUUGAGUAUGGAUUAAUACUACUGUUCCAUUAGUCUAGUCUUUUUUAUUCACGAAACAUCUGAGUAAAAGUACUGAGAAAAAAUAUCUGAGAAGCAGGAAUAUUUCUUUCCUUAUUCUUUGGCCAGAUGAAUGUGUCACAGGGCAGGGCAAACCUUCAGAGAUAAGAAAAGUAAAAAGCUCCUCCCUUUUUACACAGAAAGCAGGAAGAAGUGACUACAAGUCAGCACCAAAAGCUGCUCGUGUUAAUGUACCAAUAACAAGUAAAUAGGGAAACAAUGGAGCGUAUGUAUGUGUAUAUACUGACAUUUCAAGGGUGUUUAUUGAUACAACUGCGACUAAAUUACUGAAGGGGGACGCUGUCUGCGCCUGAAUCUGCGAAAGUUUAAGUAAAUUGUCUGUCUCAGAGUUCAUACAAGCAGGAACAGAACCACAGAAGAUAAGGACAAAAUGGCUGCCAAUGAAUCACCAUCUGAAGUGGACUGCUCCUGUCCUGUGUGCUGUGACAUAUUUAAGGAUCCUGUAGUCUUGUUGUGUGGUCACAGCUUCUGUAAGUACUGUCUUCAGGAGUGGUGGGGACAGAAUAGACUUCAGAAGUGCCCGGUCUGUAUGGAAAUAUUUCCAAUGGCUCAGCCUCCACGUAAUCUGGCACUGAGAAAUCUUUCUGACACCUUGAGACAAGAGAGGAGUCAGAGAGCUACGACAGGAUCUAAAGAGUUCUGCAGUCUGCACAGAGAGAAACUCCAGCUCUUCUGUCAAGAUGAUCAAGAGCUCAUCUGUUUGAUCUGUAGGGAUGCAAAAAAACAUAAGAAACAUAACUGUGUUCCCAUCAAUGAAGCAACAGAGGACCAUAGGACCAAACUGAAGGUUCAGCUGAUGCAUUUAAAAAGCAAACAGAGGUCAUUCGAAGCAGAAAAACUCAAGUGUGAUAAAAUGGCCAGCCACAUCACACUCCAGGCCCAGCAGACUGAGGAGGCGAUAAAAAAGGAGUUUCAAAAGCUGUACCAGUUCCUGCGGGCAGAAGAGGCUGCAAGGAUUGAUCCUGUGAGGAAAGAGGCGACACUCAAGAGUGAGGCAAUGAGGAUCAGGAUUGUAAAUCUGACUGCAGAGUCCUCCUCACUCUCAGACAAAAUCAAAACCAUGGAGCAAGAAAUGAAAGAAGAAGACAUCUCAUUAUUGCUGAAUGCCAAAUCCUCUAUGGAGCGAUCCCAGUGCAACCUGCCAGAACCAGAGACUCCAUCAGGAGCCCUGAUCGAUGAGGCCAAACACCUGGAGAACCUGCAGUUCACAGUCUGGGGGAAGAUGAGGAAUAUAAUACAGUACACUCCUGUCAAGCUGAAAAAGUCUAAAAAUGCCCAGAAAUCUGGCAGAAAGAGAGAGCCCAGCCCAGAGGACGGAGAGGUGCAGAAAACACAGGAGCUCUUCAGGAAGGUACGCAGCAUCCUGAACAAGCUAAUGCCUCAGAAUUUCCGCCAGCUUAUGACGCAGAUGACCAACCUGACCAUCAACACAGAAGAGAGGCUUAAAGGAGUCGUUGACCUUAUCUUUGAGAAGGCCAUCAGUGAGCCCAGCUUCUCUGUGGCUUAUGCAAACAUGUGCCGCUGCCUCAUGGGGCUCAAAGUGCCAAACACAGACCAACCUGGCACUUGUGUGAACUUUCGCAAGCUGCUGCUAAACUGCUGCCACAAGGAGUUUGAAGUGAUGUUUGAGAGGAAGCAGAAAGAGCUGGACUCUGCUGCAUUGUCAACGGAACACAAGCAGUUUCAGGAGGAGCUGGAGGAGGCCAAAGAUGAGGCCCAAAGGCGUUCCAUCGGCAACAUUAUGUUCAUUGGCGAACUUUUCAAGCUCAAGAUGUUGACGGAGGCCAUCAUGCACGAUUCUGUGGUGAAGCUGCUGAAGGACCAACACGAGGAGUCUUUGGAGUGCCUGUGUACGCUGCUCACCACCAUCGGCAAGGACCUCGACCACGAGAAGGCCAAGCCUCGAAUGGAUCAGUAUUUCAAUCAGAUGAAGAAAAUUGUCAAGGAGAAGAAUAUGUCACCUCAGAUACAGUCAAUGGUACAGGACGUCAUAGACCUGAGAUUGCACAACUGGGUGUCCAAAGGAGCCAAUCAGGGCCCAAAAACUAUCAAGAAGACUCACAAGGAGGUGAAGAUUGAAGAGCAAAGGCAGCAGAGAAAAGUGUGCCAGCAGCUGUUAUCCAAGAACAGCAAAAGAUGUCCAGUGAAACCUGGGCCAGUGGUACAGACAUGGCGCAGACCUGCCUUGUCUGAGGAGGAGAUAGAGAGGAAGUCCAAUUCCAUCAUCGACGAGUUCCUCCACAUAAAUGAUUACAAGGAGGCUAUCCAGUGUGUGGAUGAGCUCAACUUGGGCUCUCAGUUGCACAUCUUUGUGCACCUUGGGGUGGAAUCGACCCUGGAGCGUAGUCAGAUCACACGGGACCACAUGGGUCAGCUCCUCCUCCAGCUGGUGCAGCAGAGAAUCCUGCCCAAACCCCAGUUCUACGAAGGGUUUGCAGACACGUUGGAGCAAGUGAGUGAUAUGGCCAUCGACAUUCCCCAUAUCUGGCUGUACCUGGCCGAGCUGCUCAGCCCUGUCCUGAGAGAAGGGGGCUUCUCUAUGAGAGAACUCUUUAGUGAAUUAAGCAAACCUUUGAUUCCUGUAGGAAAAGCUGGGAUUUUAAUUUCUGAAGUAUUGCACAUACUAUGCAAACAAAUGAACGAUAGGACUAUGGUGGGUUCUCUGUGGAGGGAAUCUGGCCUCAACUGGACUGACUUCCUCCCAGAGGGAGAAGACGUCCAGGCUUUCAUCUCACAACAGAAACUCCAGUUCAUUCUGUCGGACAGUUCCGGCCCUGAGACGACUCUCUCUAAAAGGAUCUUGUCUCCUGAGGAGCUGAGCCGCCAGCUGGAGAGACUCCUCCUGGAGGACAUGGCCAGCGACAAGCAGAUCUUUGACUGGGUGGAGGCAAAUCUAGAUGAAUCUCAGAUGAGCUCAUCUCCCUUCCUGAGGGCUUUGAUGACAGCUGUCUGUAAGGGAGCAGUGAAAGAUGAUAAGACCAACUGUCGAGUGGACAUGGCCGUCAUCCAGAGGAGAUCGCCUGUACUAAUGAAAUACCUUAAAUCAGACACUGAGAGACAGCUGCAAGCACUUUAUGCACUUCAGGCGCUGAUAGUCUCCCUCAAUCAGCCUCCAAACCUUCUCCGGAUGUUCUUUGACUGUCUGUUUGAUGGAGACGUCAUCUCUGAGGAUGCUUUCUACAAGUGGGAGACGAGCAAAGACCCUGCUGAGCAGCAGGGUAAGGAUGUGGCCCUCAAAUCUGUCAGAGCCUUCUUCGUCUGGCUGCGGGAGGCGGACGAGUCUGGAGAUGAUUGAUGAGGGAAAGAUCCCUGGGACACAACAGAGCAGAUCUGCAUCCUUACAGCAAAACAAACAUUCACAAUGGGUAUGUGGGCAGAUCGUCAUUUUUUCUGUGGUAUGGUUCUAAAACAUGCCGCCAUUUUGAGUUUGGUUUACAAUGGCAGAAAUACUAAAUAUAAUACAUAGAAAAUGUUUUUGUUUUAAACUUUAACUUUUUUGUUACUUUUUAAGAAGACACUAAGAAGAUACAUGGAUUCUGGACUCUUUGAUUUAUUAUUUUUUUUAAGGACUGCAAAUAUGAAAGUUAUUUAACAUUUGCAGAUGCUCACAAUGAGAAAAAGAAAACAGAAAUAACAAUAUAAUUAAUUAUAAUAACAAAAUAAUAAUUGUGAAAUAAAUAGCUUCCCUGGACUUUACACUUUUGGGUAAUACAAAGCUACUUUGGGCUAAAGGGGGAAGCAAGAGCUAAAACAAGACUAGGUCAAAAUCUAGUAUAUGGCUGGACUGUGUAUGGUCAAUGUGUGAAAUUGUGGCCAAUUUGUUACAGUGAUAGUCAGGAUUGACAAUAUGCUGAUUUACUAAAUAUAAAAAGGACAGGCAAAUAUACAGACAUUCAUAUAACACUUUUGAAAAGCUGAAUACACACCAGAAACAGUCCUGGUUUGCCAGAAAAUGCUCUCUUGAUUACAGGAAACAACAAAAUUGUCAGUAAAGUCAAUACCGCUAAAGUAAACCAACUUCCAGGUGAAUUGAUAGAAUUACAUGCUUUAGUAACCAACAGAACAAGAGCAAAGUUAUUCCCAAACAAGAUGCUGCAAGAAUGGUAAUGAACACACCAUUACAAUUUUCUUACAGCUCAAAAUUGGUGCUAAAGUCAUACUAACAUACAAUAUAGAUGUGACAGACAACAUAAAUAAUGGCGCCUAACAAGAAGUCAUUGGAUUCCAAAAAGAUUCACUCAACAACAUUCACUCAACAUUGUCUCUCUUCCUUUCCCCUUUUUACUCACAAAGAAUGUCUAAAAUAGUUAAAAAUGCUAUUAAAUGUGUAAAAUAUAAGUAUCUUGACAUGUCUAACCCAUGUUAACUUUUAUUGUGUUUCAGAACAAUUUAAUUAGUUUGAUAUUAUGGAAAUUAAAACUCUGCUUCAAAAUCUUCUUUUCUUAUUGGUUCAUGAUGUGCUGAUGAUUUGGCAUUGAUGACAGAAAUGAGCGAGUUUUCAAUUUGUAAGUGUGUAAUUUUCAGAUAUUUGAUAGGAAUCUCCCUUUUAUUUGAAGGUCAGUUUUUCUCUCCGCACAAAUGAAUUAAUUAGUUAUCAAUGUGGUCCCUCAAAAGAGCACCAAGGAUCCUUUUUACUUUCAAAACAUGCCUCCUAGACAUUUUUGACUCGUUUUUGAUAACAUUAAUUGGUUAAUUGAUUCAUUCUGUCGGCAAGUUUAUACACUGUUUCUGUACAAAAAACAAAAGAUCACUGAUUUGGAGACAUA